CCGCUCGGGCCCGGAGUCUCCGCCGUGCCGGCGCUGCCGCUGAGCGUAGCGGUGCUUCCUCUUUCCCGUCCCUCGCCGGGGCCGGCGCCAUGGCCGGGGGCGCCGGGCCUGCCGCUCCCUGACACCCGCCCGCCCGCGGAGGCUGCUGCGUGCGGGACUCCUCCGGGCAGCGGAAGGGAAGGGGAGAGCUGCCCGCUUCUCACGGAGCCUGGCGAGGAAGGGCUGCAGCGGGAGCGUUUCGUGCUUCGUCAGCCCGCCAGCGUCUUGGCUUUGAUUCCGUCUUGCUCCUACCUGUUCCUGGGGAAGAGGUCCCCGCCAUGUCUCGCUACAGCCUCCACAACCUCCUGGACUGGAUGUACGGCGGGGUGGACCCCAGCUUUGCCGGCAAUGGAGGGCCGGAAUGCGCCGCCUUUCUCUCCGGCCAGCAGCGCUUGCUGGAGAGUUUGGUCUUCCUCAGCGUGGGCACCGUGGAGAUCCUCGUGUCCCUGUGGAAGCUCAGGCAGCAGCAUGUCCAGGAGCUGGAGAAUCUGUUGCAGCAGCCCCAGACUAAGCAGGAGAGCCUGGGCAAGAACGUGCUGCUGGUGCUGCUCUGCCUCAUCUUUGGGCUGGAGGUGGGGUUCAAGUUUGCCACCAGGACUGUCAUUUACCUCCUGAAUCCCUGCCACGUGGUCACCAUGAUGCAGAUUUUUCUUCUUGCCUGUCCCCCAUGUCGGACUGCAAUGAUUCUCUUCAGGUAUUACCUCUUCCUUACUGUAUUUCUGUCUGCUCGUACAAUGCAUUUUAGAAGGUUGCAGAUGCAUAUGCUGAAUGGGGCUCUCUUAGCACUGCUGUUUCCUGUUGUUAAUACACGCCUGCUUCCAUUUGAAACGGAGAUUUAUUACAUCCAGCAUGUGAUGCUCUAUGUUGUGCCCAUCUAUCUGCUGCACAAAGGAGGUAUCUACACCCCUGAACCGCUCUGCAAUUUCUGGUGGGCUCUUUUAUCCACGGGGUUUAUGUUUGUGUAUCAUUUUAGCAUCUUGCAGAUUCUGGGAUUGGUUACAGAAGUGAAUUUGAACAACAUGUUGUGCCCAGCCAUCUCAGAUCCUUUUUAUGGGCCCUGGUACCGAAUCUGGGCAUCUGGACAUCAGACUGUCAUGACCAUGACUCAUGGGAAGCUCAUAAUCCUGCUGUUUCACAGUGCUGUCCCCACCUUCAAAUGGAGCAUGGACUUGCUUAGACUCCCAGCUAAGAAAAUAGACUGAAAUUUCUCCCCACAGAGUAGCUCAUGCAGGAAGCAGAGAUAUACUGGAAAACAAAGAGGGGGGACGAGAGGACAAUGGCUUUAUACUUCUUCCCAGAGUUUUUUGCCUCAAAAACACAUCUGUAAUGAAGUGAGUUUUUUUUUACCUGCUGUUUCUCACUGCCUAUUGCCAAUGGCAAAAUUAGUGGCCUUAUUCUGGGGAAGGUUCAUGUUUUAUACAUUUUGUAUAGAUUACAGUAGAAUCUUGCUAAGCCGCCAUUUCAAAUUAGGCCAGGGUCUGUCCACAUUCCAGCAGAGAGAGUGGCAGUGCUACCUCGUUUUGACUCAUUUUCCAUUAAAGAAUUGUACAUUUCUAGGAUAGGAAAUAAUGCUGACUUGUAGCACUCCACUGGUGUGAACCAGCAUGCUGAACUGCAUCUCACCUGGCUUAACUCUUAAAGCUUGAAUGUUCCAAAAUGGUCACAGGAAAUCAUGCACACUUAAUCUGCCAAUCAGAAGUGCAAAACAGUGAGAUUCUACUGUAUUUGCUUUAAGCUGGUUGAAAAUGUUGGGGAACAAUAACUCAUAAAAAAACCCAACUAAUCAACAACUUAAUUUCUAAGCUGCAGUGGAUAAGUACCUAUCUAGUGAAGUCCCAUCAUGAUGCUUUGGAGAUGCUUUUAUUUUGAUGAGGGGAAAAAAAGAAUGUUGAAAUAAUUUCAAAUGACCAUGUUACGUAUAGGCCAGGAUAAGAUAUUGCAUCCACUGUUCUGUCUUGACUUAGAACAAAAUGGUUUUUUUUCACUUACCUUAUACUGGAGAAGGAGUGGAGAUACAGAGCCCGAUGAAAACAUCAGGUUGGGUUUUUUUUAUAUACUUAGUAGCUUUUGAAACAUUCCUGCUUCAUCUGUGCUGAUCCUCACAGACCAGACUGGUUGGUGCUGUUCUCUCCCUAGAGCUCUGCUAUAUCAUGUGUAUUGAUUUUAAAAUACAGGCAUAAAAAGGAAUGUCAAAUCAGCACAGGCCUCUCUGCAAAGGGCAUGUUCCAGUUUAGUAGCAUGACCCAUCAACAUGGCUUUUGGAGAACAGGAUGUAGAUGGGCAGAAUGAUCAACUGUGUGCACCUGCUCAAAUUAUGCAGGAGGAGAAACCAUUGAGCAGAAAGACAGAAAAUCCUGACUGUGUUCUUCCAGAAUUGUGAGUCCAUUAUGCAGACUGUUGUGUUUCAGGGCUGUAGAUUUUUCUUGUACAGAAGUUUGGGGGAAUUUAUAGAUAAAUUGUGUUUGUCAAAGCUGUGAUUUGUAAACCAAAACCAUCAUACCUCCUCCAGCUGGAUCACCUGAAGGUAUGUGCUGAAGUUAAGGUACAGAUGUUUAUACCUCAGGAAGCAAAAGUAAGUUGACUUUUUUUUUUUUCCUUAAAAAAGAAAAAAAUUUCUUUCAUGAGGGAACAAGUGGCUACUUCAAAUAUUUUUACUCCAUAUGAUUAAAAAAGUACACCUCAAUCAGAAGUACAUUGUCCCAUAUUCUGAUUUACAAGUUGGUUUCUGGCAUUCUUCCAUACCUUGCUGUAUGUGUGUGUGUAUAUAUAUAAAAAUAUACUGUAUGCUCACAACUUGAGAACAUGCGGCAUGUACCUAAACUAUCCCUCAGGCAUGAACAGCUGGUGUUAGUAUUACCAUAGAAGGACUUAAGACAAAUUUUGCAAAUACUACUUAGCAUUAUUAUUUGCUUAUGGUCUCUGGGUUUGUUUUUUUUUAAUUGCCUUUUUUUAAAAUUGCCUUUUUUUUAGCAUCUUCCCUUUUUUUCCUGUCAGGAUAUUGUAGUUACUGGAAACACUUCUCCAAGUAGAAGCCUUUUCUUUUUUCCUUUUUUUAAACUAUAGCAUUUCCUAUCUGUAAUCAUCUGCUUCAGGGCAUUCCAAACAAGUACAAAGCAGCUGCUGUUUGCCACCAUUGACUGCCUCUGGUCAAUUAAAACUGCAGGAGCAUUUAAAUGAGCUCAGGUGUCUCACUCAGUGCAGGCUCUUUGCUUGGAAAGCAGAAUUUGCAAGCUCUUCUGGCUGACUUAAAAUUCAGUAGCAGGAAUGUGAACAGAGCUGGCAGGCCCAUCCCUGGGCAGUGGAGAGGGAUUCCUGGUGCAGAGCUGCUGGCAGUGGUUGCCCCUGCCCUCCCUCCCUCCCUGGUGGUCACUUGGCCCACCUGUGCUUUUCCCUCUUACGCUGCUCCAGUUGUUUAGAGUCACACAGGAAUUCAAGGUGUAAUUUCACCACAUGGAGUUUGCUGAUGGAGCUGCUCAUCAGAGCCAGUGGGGCACUUGUAAACCUUGUGUGGGCACAUUCUGGAGCUCGUUGACUCUUUUGUACCAAUUUAAGCUGUGAAAGUGUCUCACUGAACAAGGCAAAAAAGUAGAGAGGUAACCAACUACUGCACUCAGUUCGGAUUUUAGAAGCUGGAACUGCAGUGAAGGAAUCAAAUGGUGCAGCAGCAGUCAGGUGGGAAGGCAGGCAGUGCAACCUUCACCUUUUGAACAUAAGCUGUUGCUUUGUUGUUGUGCAGUAUCAGUGAGGCUGGCUGAGUUAGAACAGAAUCAUUUAGGUUGGAGAAAACCUGUGAGUUCAUCAAACCAAGCAUUAACCCAGCACUGCUGAGCCCACCACUAACCCUUACCCCAGGUGCCACAUCUACAGUCUUUUAAACCCCUCCAGGGUUGGUGACUCCACUGCAGCUUUUCAAGGCUUGAUAAUCCUUCUGGUGAAGAAAUUUUUCCUAAUGUCCAAUUUAAACCUUCCCUGGUGCCACUCGAGGCUGUUUCCUCCUGUCAUGUUGUUUAUUUCCUGGGAGAAGAGGCUGACCCCCAUCCUCCCUUCAGGCAGUUGCAGUGACAAGGUCCACCCUAAGCCUCCUUUUCCCCAGGCUGAACACCCUCAGCCAUUCCUUAGAUGUGUGCUCCAGACCCUUCCCCAGCUCUGGUGCUUUGCUUUAGAUGUGCUCCAGAGCCUCAGCGUCUUUCCUGUCAUGACAGGCCCAAACCAUAAAGCUAUUCCCUCCUUCCCCAUGCCCUUCUUUGAAGGCUUUUACACUUUAUGUUGAUUUAUGGUGACCCACCCCUCAAAACUUCAGCAGUGUAGCUGAGACAGGCUCCACAGAAGGGGAAGGACAGGUCAGACUGGGAGCAGAAAAGGAACAACUUCUGAAGCGAUUGUCAUGGAACUUCCCAUCCCUCAUUCCUCACCUGUCUCUGGUAUCUGCUGGGAAUGUGCAUUAGCCAGAGCUUGCCAUACGUGCAGGAAAUGGGAAAGCAGAGUACUUCAUCUCUAUAGCAGUUAUUUGUUGCUUUCCCUGGCAGAGGCUGAUUUUUCUUUUCCUUGAAUGGUUUAUUUUUUAGGCAGUUACGCUAUACAGAUUUCUUUGGUUGCUUUAUGCUUAUUUAUGCUGGAAAUGAAAGCACAAAACUCUUACUGCUGUUCUUAGGGGCAAUUGCAUUCUCUCCUGGGGUGUUACACGCUCAAUCCAUGUCAAGAUAACUUGAAGCUGUUGCCCAGUCCCUGGUGAUGAGAUUUUACAGUGCUGCAGUGCAAUGCAGUUGAAAGGGCUGUUCUGGGCCUCCUGGUCGAAUGUGCCCAAAUGUGUCGUGGCACUGGGGAUUUCAGCAGCAGUGGCUGUGGGGGUGCACAGCCAGACCCACUGUUCCCAGCAGCAGCAGCUGAAGCAGAGUCUAAAAUCUCACCCCAGAGCAACUUCGUUUGCUGGCCAGAAUACCCCAAAAAAUUCUUGUGCAGUGCCACUGCCUGGCCUUCAGAGAUGCUGGCAUGGGUUAGGGGGUCUGAACAGAGCCCACCAAGUGCUAGUAUUGUAGGCAUUUCAAAAGAAACAAACUCAUUACUCCAGCUGCCACUGGCUGCAUUUCCCUCCAAGUGUACCCGUGAAUGAAGCAUUAUUAGCUAUAAUAAACCUGUUUAGUGAUGGGUUUGUUUAUGCAGCCUUGGAGUAAGUAGCCCUCCAGACAUUCCUGCCCCCACCACCUUGUGCCAUGGCUUCAGCUGUCCGGGAUCCCUGCAGUGCUCUUUUUCCAGGGAUUCAGACACUGUACAGUGUCUAAGCUGGAUCUAUUUGUUUCACUUCCUCUUUUAAGCACCAAAGGAGAAUUUGCAGAGUUUCUUUGGAAAGGUGCAAACUAAUAGCUCUUGCCCAUGUGUUUAUAAGCCGAUGAAAAGCCAGAGUCUAUGAACACGCACCUAGAGCUGGUUUAGUUCAGCUUCUUAGUUCAAAGAUGCUGCCCUCAGCAAAACUUCUGUGUGCUUGAGGAAAAGUCAGUCCAUUUGCAGUCCAGUCAAACCUUGAGGUCAGAGUACCUAAUAGUAGGUUUGUGUUUCUGGCCACAGAGUUUUGAUAUUUCUGUAUAUUUGAGAUAAUUUUAUAAAGUUCAAUUGUAUUUUCAGAAAUGGCUAUUUCCAAUUGUUAACUGACUGUACUUUUACGUCCUAAGUCUUGCAUCUAAACCAGAAGCAUUUGUUUCCUACGCAUCCAUAGCUAAUGGAAAAUAGAGUUGUGGUGUUUUUUUCAUUGUGACAACUGUUUCACUCUAGGUGGAUCCUUAGGAAUUAAUUUCAUCCUUAUAGUUAACAAAGCUCUGAAAAAGCCAAAACCCAGGAAGAGGGCGUAUGUCAGCCCUGGUGGGAGGUUUCUGCAGGCAGACAGGUCAGCUUUGGUGUUUUCAGUUCUACAGUGACAGAACUCAUAACAAAUCUGUUGAUUUUUGUGACCUUGUACUUCAAGUGAUAUUGCUGUAAAUCUCUCUUGCGGCUGUUGGUGUAACUCAGUCAAAGCCAAGCUGUUUUAUAAAUAAUUUUAUUUUUCUUCAGGGUCAGUUUUGUACUUUUAAAAACUAUUUCUGCAUUUCCUGAGUCAUUAUCCCAAUGCUGCAGAGGACACAGCAGGCAGAGCAGCGAGCACACCCCACUCUCCCUGACCACGCUGUGCCAGGGGCUGGGCUGGAGCAGCAGGGGGCCUGCAGGAACCUGCAGGGCUGCUCACCCCCCACUCUAGUCCCAGCAUGGCAUUAUCCAGGCACAGAACGGGUUGGAAAGGGCAAGGAUGGAUGUGGAUGGGCUCAACUGCCCACUGACUGCCCAUAUGCUGUUAGUUCUGAAUAAUUUGUAAGAGUGCUACAAAUUUUGUAAACUUUUUAAUGUGCUAAACUUUGAUUAUGAGGUAACAUUUACAAAUAAGGGGUAAUUUGUGUACUUGUUUUUGUAUUUUGCUCUGGUGGGCUUUUUUUGUUGUUGUGCCCUAAGUCCAGAUCAUUGGGCAAAUAGUUGUUAAACCUUGGAAUUAAAACAAAUAAAUGCAUUUUACUGGA